GCUCCUCGUGCUUGGUUUGAGAAGUUCAGCACCACACGACCAGCAUCCCUUCACCCAGUUUCGAACCAGUAUGAUCACCAGAUACAGCAGGUCAGGAUCCAGAGCCACCAGAUGGAGAUUUGUAUCCAUAGUGAGACCCAAUUUUAUAUUCGUGAUGCUGACAGCCACGAGUUUGAUCUUGGCUCAAAACGAAUAGGAGAUCUAUCAGUAUGCCGUGGGCUCAACGAUGCAUAA